AACACCAUGUAUAAAUGUUUUUGCUGAUUACCCAUUUAAGCCUUGAAAAAGUUAUUAAGGUUUAUCAGUACAAACGCAUCCAUCAUUCAAUUAAAACAUCCGUACCAUUACCAUUAAUAAAAUGCCCCAACUCCAGUUCGGUACACGAGAACUCGGUACAAAUCGACCGACUUUUAUUAUUGCAGAAGUUGGCCAAAACCACCAAGGUGAUAUAAAUGUAGCAAAACAACUAAUAGAAAUAGCGCAGGAAGUUGGUGCUGACUGUGUUAAGUUCCAAAAAACGUGUCUCACAGAAAAAUUUAAUCAAGCGGCUCUAAAUCGCCCGUAUCGUAGUGAAAAUUCAUGGGGAUCCACGUAUGGAGACCACAAAAAAUACCUGGAAUUCACGGAAGAAGAAUUUAUGGAACUAAAAACUUACGCGAAUCACAAAAACAUCAUGUUUACUGCGUCCGCUAUGGAUGUGCAGUCCUUACAUUUUCUUCAGUCCAUACGAGUGCCUUUCAUAAAAAUAGGUUCCGGUGAUUCUAAUAAUUUAAUUUUUAUUGAAAAAGCUGCAGCUACUAAUAUUCCGCUAGUAAUAUCGACAGGAAUGCAAGAUUUGCCUGGUGUUAAAAAUAUCUAUGAAUGUGUGAGCAAAUUUCAUAAAAAAUUUGCCCUUUUACAUUGUGUAUCAGCUUAUCCCACUCCAAUUAAUGAGAUAAACCUUAAAGUGGUCAGUCUUUAUAAAAGAACAUUUCCUGAUAUUGUCGUUGGGUAUUCAGGGCAUGAACUUGGCAUUGAUACAACAGUAGCUGCUGUUGCAUUGGGUUCAAAAAUAAUUGAACGACAUAUAACACUAGACAUAAACCAAAAGGGAUCUGAUCAUAAGAGUUCAUUAGAACCAUGGGAAUUUCGAACACUAGUUGAGAAAGUGCGACAUUUGGAGAUAGCUCUUGGCGACUCUGUGAAAUUAUUUCAAAAUUCGGAACAAGCAUGUUACGAAAAAUUAGGGAAGAGCUUAGUGGCUUCUAAAGCUUUAAAAAAGGGUCACGUUUUACGCUUAAGUGACAUGAAAGCUAAAGUAGCAGAGCCCAAAGGUAUUGAUGCUUCACUAAUUUACCACUUGGUAGGAGAAAUAUUAAAAAGUGAUAUUGAGGAAGAUGAAUCAAUUACUAUAGACUCUUACGAAUAAUUUAUUUAAAAAUUUCAAUAAAUCACCUUUUUCGUUCAUAUUUCCAGACAUA